GGAUUUGGCGGGUGGCGGCGCGGCGGGCGACGAGCUCGCGCCUUCUGGCCUUACGCGGAGCCACCCAUCGUCCUGGGCCCCAGACCCGCCGGCCCUGUCCCUGGUGUCAUCCCUGCCACGUCCUAUCGCCAUGCCCGCCGCCAUGAGCCCCGUGGCGCCCACCGCGCAGGAGGCGCUGGAGAUCGCGGGCCGCAUCAUCGACCGUCAGAUCCAGGAUGAUCGCUGCUACCCGGACCUGUCCGAGCUGCUGGCCGUGCCCGCGCCUGGUAGCCCUACUGUUUCUGGUAUGUCAGAUAUGGAUUAUCCUUUGCAAGGACCAGGUUUGCUAUCAAUACCUAAUCUUCCAGAGAUCAGCUCAGUCCGCAGAGUCCCACUUCCCCCAGAGCUAGUGGAGCAAUUUGGACAUAUGCAGUGCAAUUGUAUGAUGGGAGUGUUUCCAGAAAUCAGCAGAGCUUGGCUGACCAUCGACAGUGACAUUUUUAUAUGGAACUAUGAAGACGGGGGAGAUCUGGCUUAUUUUGAUGGCCUUAGUGAAACUAUUCUUGCAGUGGGUCUUGUAAAGCCAAAGGCAGGCAUCUUCCAGCCUCAUGUACGACACUUACUUGUUCUGGCUACCCCUGUGGAUAUUGUGAUCUUAGGGCUCAGUUGUUCUAAUAUACAAGCAGGUACUGGAUCGCUCAAUGACAGUAUGUCUGGUGGAAUGCAGCUGCUACCAGACCCUCUCUAUUCGCUCCCUACUGACAAUACUUACAUUCUGGCAAUAACAUCCACUGAUAACGGGCGUAUCUUUUUGGCUGGGAAAGAUGGCUGCUUAUAUGAAGUAGCAUACCAGGCUGAAGCAGGCUGGUUUAGCCAGCGCUGUAGAAAAAUUAAUCAUUCAAAGAGCGCGCUAUCUUUCCUUAUUCCCUCCUUGCUACAGUUCACAUUCUCAGAGGAUGAUCCUGUGGUUCAAAUUGCCAUUGAUAACUCUCGAAAUAUCUUACACACCCGCUCAGAAAAAGGAGUGCUGCAAGUUUACGAUUUGGGACAAGAUGGUCAAGGAAUGACCAGGGUUACUUCUCUUUCACAAAAUGCUAUAGUUUCUGCUGCUGGGAGCAUUGCCAGAACAAUAGAUCGUUCUGUAUUUAAGCCUAUUGUUCAAAUAGCAGUGAUUGAAAAUUCUGAAUCCAUAGACUGUCAACUACUAGCAAUCACACAUGCAGGUGUCAGACUGUAUUUCAGUACUUCACCAUUUAAGCAUCCAACAGCUCGUCCCUCCACGUUAACCUUGGUUCACGUCCGCUUGCCGCCUGGAUUUUCAGCUUCUUCUAAUGUGGAGAAGCCCGCAAAGGUUCACAGAGCUCUUUAUAGCAAAGGGGUCCUGCUGAUGACAGCUUCAGAAAAUGAGGAUAAUGACAUCUUGUGGUGUAUCAAUCACGAUUCGUUCCCUUUUCAAAAGCCAAUGAUGGAAACACAGAUGACCACCCAUAUUGAUGGACAUUCCUGGGCUCUUUCUGCUAUUGAUGAAUUUAAAGUUCAGAAGAUUGUAACACCGCUCAAUAAAGACAUUAUUCCAAUAACUGAUUCACCUGUUGUUGUGCAGCAACAUAUGCUGCCACCUAAGAAGUUUGUUCUGCUUUCAGCUCAGGGGAGCUUUAUAUUUCAUAAGCUCAGACCUGUUGAUCAGCUGCGGCAUCUGCUUGUUAGUAAUAUAGGUGGAGAUGGAGAAGAGAUUGAAAGGUUUUUCAAGUUGCAUCAGGAGGAUCAAGCCUGUGCCACUUGCCUUAUCUUGGCCUGUUCUAAUGCUGCAUGUGAUAGAGAGGUAUCGGCCUGGGCUACUCGAGCAUUCUUCAGGUAUGGUGGAGAAGCACAGAUGAGGUUUCCAUCAGCUCUGCCUCCUCCAAGUAAUGUUGGACCUAUCUUGGGUUCUCCUGUUCCUGCCAGUCCCCCUUUGACUGUUGAUAGUCCGUAUCCUGUUAGCUUUUUGACAACAUCUGGGCAAGGUUUACAACCUCCUAGUAUGUCAACUCCCAUGUUACCUUCUGGGAAUUCCAUGUCUCACCCUGGUACCUCCAUUAGUGGAAUGAUGGGUCCCGAGAUAGUAUUCUCUGGAAGACACAAUGGCAUCUGCAUAUACUUUGCUCGGAUUAUAGGAAAUAUUUGGGAUGGCAGUAUAGUUGUGGAGAGAGUUUUCAAAAGUGGCAAUCGAGAAGUUGUUGCAGUAGAAAGCAGCGUUCCAUCUCAUGCGCUGGAAUGUGUACUACAAGAACUAAAAGGUUUACAAGAAUUUCUGGACAGAAAUUCCCAGUUUGCUACAGUAGGAGCCCUUGGAAACCCAAGUUUCAGUACACCAGCUAAUCUGCAACAGAGGCUCCUGGGUUUCAUGCGGCCCGAUGGUGGAAGUUCUCAGCAAGUCCAGCAAGAACUCCAGAGGAAAUACCAUGCUGAGGCGCAGCUAACUGAGAAGACCUCACUUCAAGGCAUCCAGCAGCUUAUACGCAAAACUUGCCAGGCACUGGCUUUAUGGAAGUUGCUGUGUGAGCACCAAUUCAGUGUUGUUGUAGGUGAGCUUCAAAAGGAACUUCAAGAACAUCUAAAGAUUACUGCUUUCAAAGACUUGGUAAUUAGAGACAGAGAGUUGACUGGAGCACUCAUUGCCUCUCUCAUAAACUGUUAUAUCAGAGAUAAUGCUGCUGUGGAUGGCAUCAUUGCCCAUUUGCAAGAUAUCUGUCCUCUUCUUUAUAGCACUGAUGAUGCUGUGUGUUCCAAGGCAAAUGAACUGCUUCAGCGUUCUCGACAGGCUCAAAGCAAACUGGAAAAAGAGAAGAUGCUAAGAGAGUCACUGAAAGAGUACCAGAAGAUCAGCAAUCAAGUAGACCUUGCUAAUGUUUGUGCACAAUAUAGACAAGUGCGUUUCUAUGAGGGAGUAGUAGAACUCUCUCUUACAGCUGCUGAGAAGAAAGAUCCCCAGGGCCUUGGCCUUCAUUUCUAUAAAAAUGGAGAACCAGAAGAGGAUGUUGUUGGACUCCAAGCUUUUCAAGAGAGAUUGAACAGCUACAAGUGCAUCACUGACACCCUUCAGGAGUUAGUGAAUCAAAGUAAAGCUGCUCCUCAGUCUCCCAGUGUACCCAAAAAGCCAGGUCCUCCAGUGCUGUCAUCUGACCCCAACAUGCUAAGCAAUGAAGAAGCAGGGCAUCAUUUUGAACAAAUGCUAAAGCUGGCUCAGCGUUCAACGGAUGAACUCUUCAGUAUUGCACUUUACAACUGGUUGAUACAAGUUGACUUGGCGGACAAACUGUUACAGGUUACUGCCCCCUUUUUGGAACCCUACCUUGUGCGGAUGACCAAGAUUGACCAAAACAAAGUCCGUUAUAUGGAUUUACUGUGGCGAUACUUCGAAAAGAACAGGAAUUUUAGUAAUGCAGCGAGAGUCUUGGCUAAGUUGGCUGACCUGCAUAGCACAGAAAUUUCUCUUCAGCAGCGUCUUGAAUACAUUGCACGUGCCAUUUUGAGUGCCAAAAGUUCUACUGCCAUAUCCUCUAUGGCUGCAGAUGGUGAAUUCCUACAUGAACUAGAAGAGAAAAUGGAAGUUGCAAGGAUCCAGCUUCAAAUACAAGAAACAUUACAAAGGCAGUAUUCCCAUCAUUCUUCAGUGCAAGACGCAAUCUCCCAGCUUGAUGCUGAGCUGAUGGAUAUAACCAAGCUGUAUGGAGAAUUUGCUGACCCUUUUAAGCUCUCAGAGUGUAAGCUUGCAAUUAUACAUUGUGCGGGUCAUUCUGAUCCUAUCUUGGUGCAAACUCUCUGGCAAGAAAUCAUUGAGAAAGAGUUGAGCGAUAGUGUGUCUCUGAGCCCUGCUGACAGAAUGCAAGCACUCAGUCUGAAGAUGGUAUUGCUUGGAAAGAUAUAUGCUGACACACCUCGUUACUUCCCUUUAGAUUUUCUAGUGCAGUUUCUGGAGCAGCAGGUCUGCACUUUGAACUGGGAUGUAGGUUUUGUAACGUAUACCAUGCAAGAAAUUGGAGUGACAUUGCCAAGGCUGCUUGAAGUAUAUGACCAGUUGUUUAAAGCACGGGACCCCUAUUGGAAUAGAAUGAAAAAGCCUUUACACCUUUUAGAGUGUAUUCAUGUAUUAUUAUCAGGAUAUGUACAUGAUCCAAGCAGAGUACCUCUGAGGCGACGAUUCACAAAUGUUUGCUUGGAUGCGGUUAGUUGCUACCUGGUUGAACUUCAGUCUAUGAGCCCGACGCUGAUGGUGCAGACUACUGUUGGGAAUUUUAAAUCACUACAGGCUAAAUUAGAACGGCUUCACUGAUUGGCUAAUAUAAUAACGGGAUCAUUAACUCAGAUAAAAUGAACUAUUAAAUAAAAGUUCAAAUGUCUGCACUGAAUCUCUGGAAGAAUAAAUCCUCAGAAAGAAAUUCUGAGAAAGCUGUAUCACCUGCUGCAGUUAUCGAUUGCGUGGCCUGUAUUCAUGCUAUUCUAAAGGUAUCUACAAAUUGUAGAAUGUAAAUGUGACAAAUGAAUUUUCUUUUACCAAUUUUUUUAACAAUGGAAAGCUUUUCUUAUACUGUUGGAAAACAUUUUUCAUUUUCUUUACUUAACAGAAAGUAAUGGAGAAAAGUAGGAUGUAAAAUCUACUUGAUAGCUGUUUUACAAAUAAUCAAAACAAAAAAUGACAACUGCAGAAGGCAAGACGAUGAUAAAAGCGCAUGUACAUGAGUCAGGUUGUAAAUGUGGUCAUGCCAAGGAAUAGUGAUGCAAUCAUAACUCUGCAUGAGCUUAUUGGCAGCUCUUUCAAUAACAAAGAUAAUCAUCGUUUCAUAACUGUGACUUUAAAUGCAGCCUGCCUCUGUAAACAGAAUGUUUGAUAUUAAAUUACAGCAAUCUAAUUUGUAUUACAAGUGAAAAAAUAGUUUUAAAAGCCUAUCAGGUUAUUUUCCCUAUUCCAUUUAAAUAAAUAUGUUGUAUCUUUUAAAAUCAAAUAAAGAAGUCAAGAAGUGA